UUAUUUUCUUUUAAAGGUUGAUGUCUGAUCAGUGAGUGACGGAGCAAAGCUUCACAGACGUUCUGUGUAAAUAAACGAGCUGUUCUCCACAGACCAGAUCUGCUGUAACUUCAGGUUGAUUGUUCUCAGACUCAGGUCUCAGGAUGGAGAACGGGUCCUCACACCAACACUUUAUUCUGAACGGUUUCCAUGAACUCGGAGCUCUGAGGCCUCUCCUCUUCAUCCCGUUCUCCAUCAUGUUUGUUGUCUCCCUGUUGUCCAACUGUCUCCUGCUCUACAUCAUCGUGUCCCAGAGAAGUCUCCACUCGCCCAUGUACGUCCUCAUCGGCAGCCUGGCGUGCAUCGACCUGAGUCUCCCGCUCUUCUUCGUGCCCAACAUGCUGCUGAGUUUCCUGUUUGGCUGGAGGGGGAUCUCUCUGACCGGAUGUCUGCUCCAGAUGUACUUCAUUCACUUCGUGGGAUGUUUCCAGUCCACUCUGCUGCUGUGGAUGGCUCUGGACCGCUACUUCGCCAUCUGCACGCCUCUCUACUACCACCAACGCAUGUCUGCACCACGGUUCCUGAAGUUCGUGGUUCCCCUCGUGAUCAGGAACGUGCUGAUGAACACAGGGAUCGUGAGCCUUGCAGGAACAUUGUCAUUCUGUACUAAUGUGAUAAACCACUGUCUCUGUGAACACAUGGCGCUGGUGGAACUGGCCUGUGGAAGCAUCACCAUCAAUAACCUGCUGGGGCUGCUGACCGUGUUCCUCAUCCCUGUGUUUGAUGUCAUCUUUAUCUUUGGUUCCUAUGUGGUGAUAUUCAGCUCAGUACGAAAGUCUGGUCAGUCUGGAGUCAAAGCUCUUCACACCUGUGUCACCCAUGUGGUGGUGAUCUCAGUCUGCCUGACUCUAGCGCUCAUAGCUCUCCUGUCAUAUCGCAUCAGAAACAAUCUUCCUGCAGCUGUUAGAGUUUUCUUCAGCACCAUGUACCUGCUGUUCCCGAGCUGUUUCAACCCGAUUAUCUACGGCAUCAGAACCACAGAGAUACGGCAACACAUCCUGAAAAUGCUGGACCGCCUGAAAUGAGAUACAUCCGUUUCUAGAAUGUCGUAUACUGUGAAUUUCUAUGUGCAAAUUAACCUGAUUACUAUUGUUAGACAUUAAUUAUCACUAGGCACGAGGUCCUAAUGAGUCCAGAUGAUGCUUCAUUACAGGACUACUAGUAAAAGAAUUAACUUUACAUGGUCUAACUAAGUAGUCCAUGUUGGACAGUACGCUGCUGACCCACCUGGAAAACUGGAGAACCGUGAACAUCUGCUCGACUCCUUCUGAAGAACUCACAUCUGCUUGUGGAGGUGAAGGGGUGAAUGAAAAAGGUUCCUCAGGCUCAUGAAGAUGCAUCUGAUCUGAUCUCAGCUGAUCUAGAUGUAGGGAAAUAGAUGCAGUAACCUUCAUAAGUAGCCGUGGUCUGAGUCUUCUCUAGUGGUACCUGGUCAGUCUGGUUCACUCUGUAAUAACUCCACCCAAACACUAGAUGGCGCUGUGUCUUUACACCAGUCAGGUUAAUUUUGUUUCUACUUCCAGCUUCACUUUCAUAAAUGGAGACUGAACAGGAGUCGUCCACAUGUCUGAGUCUCCAAACCUCCUCAGUUACCCUGACCUGGUCUACUGGUCUACUGACCCACAACUAUCAGAACCUGGAGGAGACGCACGGCUACUAAG